UCUGACCCGCGAGAGAGAUGUAGUACCGCGGGGGAAAAUUACGUCGAAUUGCUUUGGGGCAUACAUCGGAGGAAGAAGAGCAAGAAUGGAGAAGCAAUACUCUGUGCAGUUCUUUACCUCCUUUAUAGAGAAGCUUCAAGGAUUGUGUAGAAAUUCUCUUGACUUCAAUCAGAGUGUAGACGUCAGCGGUUACUUGUGUUUGGAGAUUGACAACAUGAAGAAAGAACGAUAUGUCCUCAGUGAACUGCUACAGAGCAGUGGUAAUGUGGUCAGUGAGAGCUACUGUACAAAGGCGUUUAAAACCUCCCGCCCUAUAAAUCCAGGCCGACCUCAACCAAUGAUGGCCAGGAAUACUAUGAACAUUCCAUCAAAUAGGGACAACGUUCAUCAGCAUAACCAAAACAGAAGAAGAUCCCGACCAGACUCCUCAGCUCCUGAGAAUCCAAAUGUGCCAUCAAAAGUUCGUAGAUCAGUUGAUGUCAUUGAAGUCAUUGAUGACAAUGACCAGUUGCCAGGGAGAGACACCAUGAAUUCAUCUGGUCAGAGUUACCAGUCGAACUCAAGGCAAGGGCAGAGAUGGCCAGCGGGCAGGGAGAUGGCCAGUGGGCAAAGACCACCUCAGAGCCAAGUUAAAAGAUCACCUAUAAAUCAAAACAAACAAAAGGAACAGUAUAGUGCCAUGAUGAGACAACAGGGGCAAUAUGGCGCCAUGGGUAAACCACAGGAUUCAUUUGGUGCCACAAUCAGGCAGCAGGAACAAAUGGCUCCCAGGAACAGGCAUCAGGAACAAUUGGGUGCCAGGAACAAACAGCAGGAACAUUAUGGUGCCAUUAACAGACUACAGGAACAAUUUGGUGCCAUUAGCAGGCAGCAAGGACAGUUUAGUGCCAUGAACAGCCCCCAAGGACAGUAUAGCGCCUUUAGCAGACAGCAGGGACAGCUUGGCGCCAUGAACAGCCAGCAAGGGCAGCUUGGUGCCAUGAACAGCCAGCAAGGGCAACUUGGCGCCAUGAACAGCCAGCAAGGGCAGCUUGGUGCCAUGAACAGGCAGCAGGGACAGCUUGGCGCCAUGAACAGGCAGCAAGGACAACUUGGCGCCAUGAACACCCAACAGGGACAACUUGGCAGCAUUAACAGCCAACAAGGACAGAUUGGUGCCAUUAACAGCCAACUGGGACCAUAUAGUGCCAUUAACAGAUUGCAAGAACAAUUUGGUGCAACGAAUAGACAGCAGGGACAAGUUGGUUCCAUGAACAGACCAAGACCUGAUCCCUUAGUGCAGCAGGCACAACAGAGGACUAUGUCAAUGACAGCAGUUAGUCCCACGCAACACUCUCCUAUUCAGGAUCCUAGAACCCAGAGCACUCAGCAAAAUGUAAAUGUCCAAGGUAACAUAGAACAGUUCAAUGUUCAGAGACCUCCUCCUACUCCUCCUGUGUCUGCCAGUGAUCAGAUUGUUAGGGUAAAGAGUGAGUUUGGUGCUAACGAGGGAUUGAAUACUAGUAAUACAGCAUCAGUUCCAGCACCAGCACAAGCACAAGCUCCAGCACAAGCUCCAGCACCAGCUCCAGCUCCAGCACCAGCUCCAGCAUCAGCUCUAGCACCAGCUCCAGCUCCAGCAUCAGCUCCAGCUCCAGCUCCAGCUCCAGCUCCAGCUCCUACUCCUCCUGUUCUUGCUCCUGCUCAAAAAGUUGGACAAAGUUUGUCAUCGUCUGAGGGAAGCUCUCAGCCAGCUGCCUCAUCCAACAAUACAACUGAAGGUGCCAGCUCAAAGUUAAGUAAGGAAGAAACAUUGUCUGGAGCACCUGAAGAUUUGGCUGUGAGAAUCAAGCAGGAACCUGUUGCAUAUUCUCCUAAGCCAGUACCAGGUUUGAAUGAAGAUGAAGUUAUCGAUCUGGACUUGUUUGAUGAUGACCUGGACAACAGUCAUCCCGAGUCCUCCUCAGAAAGUGGUCAAGAUGACCAAACAGCCCUGGCUAAAGACUAUGGUGUUCCUAACAAAACUGUCCCUAGGAAGGAAGAUCAGUGGAACCUUGGAACAAGGAAAGUGGUAGAUUAUGCUGUCCGACAGUUUAAGAAGUAUCAUUUCAAUAAGUCAGGUGUAGAUGUGGACAUGUUGACUGUGGAAACUCCCAAGCUUGAUAGUCUCUUACUGGACUUCUUCCAGGGUGUAAGGAAGGGAAAUGGUGAGGAGUUAACAGCAAGGACUUUGAAAAAUGUGCAGAUACACCUUGACAUGCAUUUAAGGGAGAACAAAUACCCUUACUCAAUAGAAAAAGAUGAUGCGUUCAUGGCGUCGAGAGACUUUUUGAAGAACAAACUUGAUCUAAGUAAGACUGGGAGACAUAUGCUGGUUCCAAUUGAUGACAAUGAAAUUGAAACAUUGUUCCAGAGACAGGUACUUGGGGAUCAGAAUCCUGACUCACUCAUUAGCACGAUGUGGUUCCUCAACUCCAAGUACCUCGGUGUCAGGCGUCCUGCAGAUCACUACAACCUGAGAUGGGGAGAUAUUCGCUUAUGUACAGAUGAAAUGGGUAUUGAAUACAUCCAGCGUCAAAUGAAGGGUUCAUAUUCGCUUAAAGUGUUUGCAAAAGCACAAACCCCAUCUAGAUGCUUUGUGAAUUUGUAUAAGAAGUACUGGACGUUAAGGCCACAAGAUGCUUUGUUGGACUCAUCCCCAUUUUAUCUGAACUUUAACAUGGGACCAAAUUACCCACCACCUGAGCUUUGGUUCUUUAGUGACGCCUUGUCAUGGUCCCAGUUUUCUAGUGAAUGGAAGAGAAUUCUCACAGCUGGUGGCCUGCCUCCAAAUAAGAAGCCAUGCUGACCUUGAACUUUAGUAGGAUGGAUGCAUGUGCAGAGGUCAUUUUAGGCUAUGCCAUUGAGCGUACUUGCUUUUUAAAUGUGGUCCAGUUGUUAAGGACCGGUUGUGUGUCAGGUGUGGUCAUGGGUAUGAUUCCCCGAUCCUCAUUGAUCAUGUUUAAAAUAUUGCUGGCCAGGUUGGCCAGGUUGGCUAGCUAAGCUUAAUACAAUGUAAUAGUUACUAGCCAGUAUCAAAUUUCACUAGCAUUAUCAGCAUUUAGCCAUGGCCAUCUUGUAAGAAAUUUCCAUUCCCCACCUGUUUUUUCAUAUUCUCGUUCCUCUCCAUCACUCAUUUUCCCCUCCCCCUUUGGACUCUGCAUUCUCACCAUGCUUGUUGAGUGAUAGAGUCAGCUUAGGAUUAGGUUGCCCUGAACAAUGAUAUCACAGCAUACCAGCUUGAUCAUGUUGAUAUCCAGCUUGAUACUUAUACGAUUUCAAUUUUUGAUGAAACCUACCAGCACAGGUAUGGUGCUGACAAAUCUAGAAACAUAAUCAGGACAAAUCAGGGAGUUGAACCCAUGACCCACUGGCACAGCAAAUUGUUUCGAUAACUGGGCCACCCUUUUCCAUCCUCAUUUUUAUUUUUUUGUUGUGAAAUAAUCUGUUCUGUCACAUGACCAGUGAUUGUGCAGAGAAGU